AGCUCUUCGAGGCGUGCCUCCCUUUGCGCUCGCGCUGAGCCCCGGGUCCGCGCUGGGCCCGCCCGUCCCGCUCCCGCCGUUCAGCGCUGGUGCCAUGUCGAUCGACGGGGCCGAGCAGGUGCUGCUAAGGGUGGAAGCUUCGGAAGGCGAACGGGGCGGCGCAGCCCGCAGUCCGUCAGCCGCCGACGAUGGCGAGCCCGCGCCGCCUUCCAAAGGAGGUGGCGUCGGAUGUGCUUGCUUCAGGCCCAGCCCGCUGACGGCGCUCAUCUUCCUGGCAGCCGCAGGCGCUCUGGCCGCUGCCGCUGUGUGGCUCAACAACGCCGCUGCUGUGGAUGCGCAGGCCGCUGCUGGCGGGUGGUUCAAACAGGUUGCUGGUGUGGAUGCGCAGGCUGCUGCUGGCGAGUGGUUCAACCAGGUUGGUGUGGAUGCGCAGGCCGUCGUCGUCGGGUGGGUCAACGAUGUCGCUGACAUCGCUGACAUGGGCGCGCAGGAGGUGAACAUGUCGAGCAACGUCACAGACUGCUCUGCGAUGGAUCAGAGCUGCCUCGAGUCCAGGUGCUGCCUCGACGAGGGGCUGCAGUGCUACGCCAAAGACGAGACUUUUGCCAGGUGCAAGCCCUCGUGUGUCCCGGGGCCAGACAUGCAAGACGUGGACGGGAAGCAUUGGAGCUGCGAGCAGCUCGGUCCUCGCACACCCGGCACGAUCACAGAGGUGGACGCGGCGGAGCUGCCAGUCCCGAGUUGGGUCAGGUGGGCGUGCUCCAGCAAGGGCGAAGACUGCAGCGCCCGCGCGUGCUGCAAGGACCGGGGCCACCAGUGCUUCGGGGAGAGCGGCGGCGCCGGCCUCUGCAGGGUCGAGUGCGAGGAGGGCUCGGCGUGCGAGGCGAGGGGGCCGCGGACGCCCGGGAGGCCCCGGCGGGGCUCGUUCCUGGUCAUCGGGGACUGGGGCUGGGACCCGCACGCUUACGGCAGUCAGCAGAACCACGAGUGCCAGGCUUCGAUUGCGCGGCUGAUGGACCGCACCAUGGGCGAGCUUGGGGACGUCAGGUUUGUCGUCAACGUGGGCGACUCGUUCUAUCCGAACGGCGUGAAGGACAGGGGCGACCCGCAGUGGGAGGCGAAGUGGCGGAGUCUCUACAGCUUCCAGCUUCGUGCAGUCCCCUGGUACAGCGUGUACGGGAACCACGACCUCCACGAAGCAUCGUGUGCGUGCACCGAAGACGAGUCGCAUUGCGCCCAAGUAAACUAUCCAGCUGACGAUCGGGACUUCUUCGUGAUGCCAGGCACAAGCUACUACAAGGAGCUUCCCGAUCUGGGCAUCGAGGUCGUGGGCCUAGAUCUCAACCACUUUGCCGGCGGAGACCGAGCCAGGAGCAAAGACGCACUGAAAUUCGGCUCGACGGAGGAGUGCAUCUCGAUCAUCCGCAAUCGCACCCAGCGGGGCUUCGACCUCUUCUUCGAGCGAGCUGAGAAGUCGAACGCCACAUCCUUGGUCGUCUUCUCCCACUACCCGACUGACUACUUCUCCCUCGCCCCGGAGUUCCUCGCGGCCCUCAGGGACAACUCGCGACACGGCAUCACUUACUUCGGCGGCCACCGGCACAGCACCGACAACGUCAGCACCACCUCCACCAGGCCGAACACGAACUGGGUCGUGGGCGGCGGCGGCGGCUGGGGCUGCGACUCAAACAAGCAGGGCUUCGUGGUCGGAGAGGUCAACGUCGACGGCUCCGUCCCCCGUG